AUGGGGGAGGAGGCGAUCCUGCAGCUGAGGCGGGAGUCAAAGGCGCUGUCGGCUGCUUGGGAUUUAUUUGGGCAUCCAGAUAGUACGGCGGCGGCGGUGCAUGUGCGGGUCCGCCGUACAAUAGCUGGGGAUAAGAUGGGGGAGGAGGCGAUCCCGCAGCUGAGGAGGGAGUCAAAGGCGCUGUCGGCUGCUUGGGAUUUAUUUGGGCAUCCAGAUAGUACGGCGGCGGCGGUGCAUGUGCGGGUCCGCCGUACAAUAGCUGGGGAUAAGAUGGGGGAGGAGGCGAUCCCGCAGCUGAGGAGGGAGUCAAAGGCGCUGUCGGCGGCUUGGGAUUUAUUUCGGCAUCCAGAUAGUACGGCGGCGGCGGUGCAUGUGCGGGCCCGCCGUACAAUAGCUGGGGAUAAGACGGGGGAUGAGGCGAUCCUGCAGCUGAGGCGGGAGUCAAAGGCGUUGUCGGCUGCUUGGGAUUUAUUUGGGCAUCCAGAUAGUACGGCGGCGGCGGUGCAUGUGCGGGUCCGCCGUACAUUAUUCGCUGAGGUUUGGGCCUUUUAG